AUGGGACAGGCCAACGAUGAAGCGGAAAAGGGCCUCCACCUCAACCCUCCAGGACACGCUCACGUUCACGGCGGCAACGACGAUGGCGGUCUUCAGGGAUCGCUUUCGGAGCCGGACUCGAUCGCUGGACUCACGACCGGACUGGUAGAUACGACGGUAGUAGGCGAUUCGGAAUCGAAAGAGAAGGCGGAAACUUUACACAGCAGCGAGGAUGAUUACGCCCCCUCUACAGCACGGGCCUCGGGCGAUAUCGCAAGGCGUGGAGUGAGCGUCGAGGCCGCGGAGAAGGAAUUCCAGGAGCUGCAGAGGGAAUUGACACGGAUGUCGCGACAGCAGAGUCGCAAGAGCGAUGCGCAUAAGGAUGGAGCCAGGGAUGUUGAGAAGGCGAUUCCGCUGUCUACGACGGAGGAGGUGGAGACGUUCGACUUGGAAGACACCCUGAGAGGGGCGAGGGCUCUCGAAGAGGAGUCUGGCAUCAAGUCGAAGAAGAUAGGUGUGAUAUGGGAAAACUUGACGGUCAAGGGAAUGGGUGGAGCCAAGAUCUUCGUCAAGACAUUUCCCGAUGCGUUUGUUGAUUUCUUCGGCUUCCCUAUCAAGUUCACACUGGGUCUGCUCGGCAUUGGUGGGAAGGGCAGAGAGGUCGAGAUCUUGCAAGACUUCAAGGGAGUCGUCAAGCCGGGCGAGAUGGUGCUGGUGCUGGGUCGGCCGGGCUCGGGGUGCACGACGUUCUUGAAAGUCAUUAGCAACCAGAGAUUUGGCUACACUUCGGUCGAUGGCGAGGUUCUGUACGGACCGUUUACCAGCAAGGAAUUCGAGAAGCGGUAUCGCGGAGAGGCUGUCUAUGCUAUGGAAGACGAUGUUCACCAUCCUACACUUACCGUAGGACAGACGCUUGCAUUCGCUCUCGACUGCAAGGUUCCCGGCAAGCGACCGGCAGGGGUGUCUGCUGCUCAGUUCAAAGAACGAGUUGUCGACACGAUGCUGAGGAUGUUCAACAUCGAGCACACGAAGAACAUGGUAGUCGGUGAUUCUUUCGUUCGAGGUGUCUCAGGUGGAGAGCGCAAACGCGUGUCUAUCGCUGAGGCGAUGAUCACUGGUGCGGCGGUCUACUCCUACGACAACAGCACGAGAGGUCUGGAUGCUUCGACCGCUUUGGAUUAUGCGAAGUCUUUGCGUGUGCUUACCAAUAUCUACCACACGACUACCUUCGUCUCGCUCUACCAAGCCUCGGAAAAUAUCUACUCGCAAUUCGACAAGGUCCUGGUGAUCGACGAGGGCCGACAAGUCUUCUUCGGCCCUGCACAAGAAGCGCGCUCCUACUUUGAAGGCCUUGGUUUCAAAGAGAAGCCGCGUCAAACCACCCCUGACUACUUGACCGGCUGCACGGAUCCGUUCGAGCGAGAAUAUAAACAAGGCCGAGAUGCGUCAAACGCUCCCUCUUCGCCCGACGGUCUUGUGGAGGCUUUCAACAAUUCCGAGUAUGCUAUAGCAUUGAAAGCGGAGAUCAACGACUAUCGCAAGGUUUUGAAGGAGGAGCAGCACGUUUACGAAGACUUCAAGACCGCGGUCGAAGAGGGCAAGCGCCAUGCGCCUAAGAAGUCUGUCUAUUCGAUUCCCUUCUACAUGCAGGUAUGGGCAUUGAUGAAGCGACAAGCCAGCCUGAAAUGGCAGGAUCGCUUCUCCUUGAUCGUCUCUUGGAUCACCUCGAUUGUCAUUGCCAUCGUCAUCGGUACAGUGUGGCUUCAGCUCCCCAAGACGAGUAGUGGGGCUUUCACGCGAGGUGGUGUAUUGUUCAUCGCUCUCCUCUUCAACUGCUUUAGCGCCUUCGGAGAACUGGCAUCUACUAUGGUUGGCCGACCUAUCGUCAACAAGCAUAGAGCAUACACAUUUCAUCGACCAUCAGCCUUGUGGAUUGCCCAGAUCUGUGUUGAUAUGGCCUUUCAGUCUGUACAAAUCCUUGUGUUCUCGAUCAUGGUCUACUUCAUGUGCGGGCUGGUAUACGAUGCAGGGGCGUUCUUUACAUUCUUCUUGAUCAUCAUUACUGGAUAUCUGGCCAUCACGCUCUUCUUCCGAACGGUCGGAUGUCUCUGUCCAGACUUCGACUCCGCGAUCAAGUUCGCUUCCACCAUCAUCACACUCUUCGUGAUCACCUCUGGGUAUCUGAUUCAGUAUCAGUCUCAGCAAGUGUGGCUUCGAUGGAUCUUCUACAUCAAUGCGCUUGGGCUCGGCUUUUCGGCUCUGAUGGAGAACGAAUUCAUGAGACUCGAUCUCGAAUGUGGUGGUACGUACUUGGUUCCAUACGGUCCUGGCUAUGGCAAUAUUUCACACCAGACGUGCACUCUCGCAGGAAGUCAAGGAGGCAGCGCAACCGUGUCUGGAACUGAUUACAUUGUCACUGCUUUCUCGUAUUACCCAAGCCAGCUCUGGCGGAACUGGGGCAUCAUCUUGGUGCUAGUGGUGGGGUUCCUGGCUGCAAACUCUGUGCUCGGUGAGUACAUCAAAUGGGGUGCUGGCGGCAAGACGGUCACGUUCUACUCCAAGGAGAACAGUGAACGCAAGAAGCUCAAUGAGGCUCUUCAAGAGAAGACGCAGGCACGUACGAGCAAGGACGGAGGGAGCUCUGCCGCGGACGACCUGUCAAUUGAGUCGAAGGCUGUCUUGACAUGGGAGGACAUGUGCUACGAUGUGCCUGUGCCCAGUGGUCAACUUCGGCUUCUCAAGAAUAUCUAUGGCUAUGUGAAGCCCGGGCAGUUGACUGCGUUGAUGGGAGCUUCCGGUGCCGGCAAGACCACGCUUCUUGAUGUGCUUGCAUCUCGAAAGAAUAUCGGCGUUAUUACGGGAGACAAGCUUGUCGAUGGCAAGCCUCCUGGUACCGCUUUCCAGCGUGGUACGAGUUAUGCGGAACAGCUGGAUGUUCACGAGGGUACACAGACUGUGCGUGAGGCACUCAGGUUUUCCGCCGACCUGAGGCAGCCGUAUGAGACGCCUCGCGAAGAGAAGUAUGCCUACGUGGAGGAGAUUAUUGCUCUGCUCGAAAUGGACGACAUUGCGGAUGCGAUCAUUGGCUCUCCGGAGGCUGGACUGGCCGUAGAGCAGCGAAAGCGGGUCACCAUAGGCGUCGAGCUUGCAGCUAAGCCUGAGCUGCUUCUCUUCCUUGACGAGCCUACAUCUGGAUUGGACUCGCAGUCUGCAUUCAAUAUUGUUCGCUUCCUCAAGAAACUCGCGGCUGCCGGCCAGGCUAUCCUCUGCACAAUCCAUCAGCCUAACGCAUCCCUGUUUGAGAACUUUGACCGGCUCCUCUUGCUCCAGCGCGGUGGAGAGACGGUCUAUUUUGGUGACAUCGGCAAAGACGCCCACGUGUUGAUCGACUACUUCCACAGACACGGUGCUGACUGUCCGCCCAAUGCUAACCCAGCCGAGUGGAUGCUUGAUGCUAUCGGGGCGGGUUCAACACCCCGGAUCGGCGACAAAGACUGGGGCGAGAUCUGGCGCGAGUCCGACGAGCUCGCCGCAACCAAAGACGAGAUCAUCCGCAUGAAGCAGCAGCGCAUCAAGGAAGUCGGCCAACAGCCACACGUUGAGCAGAAGGAAUUCGCCACCCCGCUUUGGCACCAGAUCAAGACGGUGCAGAUUCGGGCACACAAGUCUUUCUGGCGCUCGCCCAACUAUGGCUUUACCCGCCUCGUCAACCACAUCAUCAUCGCCCUUCUCACCGGCCUCAUGUUCCUGCAGCUUGACGACUCGCGAACUUCCCUCCAGUACCGAGUCUUCGUCAUCUUCCAGGUCACAGUCUUGCCGGCUCUCAUCCUGGCACAAGUCGAACCAAAGUACGACCUAAGCCGUCUGACAUACUACCGCGAGGCCGCGUCCAAGACCUACAAGCAAUUUCCCUUUGCACUCUCCAUGGUUGUGGCCGAGAUACCAUACAGUAUCCUGUGCGCUGUCGGGUUCUUCCUGCCGCUGUACUACAUUCCGAAGUUCAGCUAUGCCACCAGUCGAGCAGGGUACAACUUCUUGAUGAUUCUGACCACCGAGUUCUUCUCAGUGACGCUUGGGCAGAUGGUCGCAGCCUUGACGCCCAGCACCUUCAUCGCCGUACUGCUGAAUCCGUUCAUCAUCAUUGUCUUCGCGCUGUUUUGCGGAGUCACCAUUCCAAAGCCGCAGAUCCCCGGAUUCUGGCGCGCGUGGCUCUACGAGCUCGAUCCGUAUGUUCUUUCAAAUUCUUCACCCACCAAUCUGUACUGACUAUAUCUCCAGCUUCACCCGCCUCAUCUCCGGCCUCGUCUCCAACGAACUCCACGGUCUCCCCGUGCAGUGUACCGACGGCGAACUCAACCGCUUCACCGCUCCUCCGGGACAGACCUGCGGCGAUUACAUGUUUUCCUUCUUCGCCGCCGGCGGACCCGGCUACCUCGCCAACAACCAGACCUCCGACUGCGCGUACUGCGCCUACCGCGUCGGCGACCAAUUCUACGAACCGCUGGGCAUCUCGUUCAGUAACCGCUGGAGGGACUUUGGGAUCUUGGUCGCUUUUGUUGGGAGUAACCUGGUCCUGCUGUUUCUUGGCAGUCGGUAUUUGAAUUUCAAUAGGCGGUAG